UACUCCGCGGCUGUCUCAACCCACAACAUUCAGUAUCACAAGCAGGAAGCAAGUAAUCGUGUGCGUUGUGAGACGACCUUCAGCUGUUUUAACCUGUGUCGAUACCCGUUAGCUGGUAUCCAGACGCCAAGAGAGCUCCAAUGUGCAUCUGAGACUUUAGAACAUCGAAACAAAAUACUCUCCAGCCAUGAUUUUCUUUGUGAUCUCCAACGUGUUUGCAGAAUAUUGAGACAUGGAGAGAAACACGCUGUCUACACUGAUGACAUGGAAAUUAUUAACUAAAACGCCGAGAAGUGAAUUCGAACUUAUGUCACAUCAUCUCGAAAGUGAAAUCUGUGUCGGCGACAACAGAGAAAAUAAAAGUCCACUGCAUGAUGCAGUGCUGUACGGAGAGCCAGGAAAUAUACCUCAGUUAAUAAAAAAUGGGAGUAAUGUGGAAAUAAGAACAGGAUUGAAUAAAGAAACACCCAUUCACUGUGCAGCGAAACUGGGAAAGCUAGAAUGUCUGAAAUGCUUAAGUAAUUAUGGCGGUAGUCUCACAACUAAAGAUGGAUCUGAAGAAGGAAACUCACCAAUUCACUUGGCUGUUAUACAUGGUCACGAGGAAGUUACUCGAUGGCUGAUAGAUAAUGGAGUGUCUGUGGACACAGUAAAUAAGAAGGGCAUAACUCCACUAGUCUAUGCUACGUGGUAUGGAUAUACGAAUUUGGUACAGAUUAUUGCGAAAAAAGGAGCCAAUGUCAAUUGUAGGACAAGCUGCUUCAACAAUGCCACUCCUUUGCAUUUAGCAGUAAGUUCGGACAAGCAAGACGUCGUCAGGACUUUAUUGGAGUUUGGUGCUAGUCCAGAGCUUUUCUGCAGCUGUAAUCAGACUCCUGUUCACUGGGCGACAGCAUACGGAAAUCUGCAGAGUUUGAAAAUUAUGGAGACCUAUGGAGCCAAAUUGUCAGUUCGGACGAAUGACAAUUGUGGAUACCAACCAAUUCAUCUUGCUGCUGGAGGCGGUCAUGUUACUCUGGUCGAAUGGUUUCUUGACAACGGAAUAGCAGUGGAUUGCCCAAAUAAUUUCGGUUUCACACCUCUGCAUCUGGCUGCUGUUAAGGGGCAGACGGAAACCGCAAAUUUUCUUCUCAAAAGAGGAGCGCAGGUGAACAUGUACAUUAAUUCAGAACACAGCACGUUUCUGCAUGUAGCAGCUUCUAGCGGAAACCUUAGUAUAAUGCAGACGGUACUAGACUUGGGAGCGGAUGUAGAGGCCCAAGACUGUUACAAAUAUACUCCUGCGCAUUAUGCAACGAAAAACGAUCAUGUACAUUGCCUCAAACGGCUACGUAAUUUUGAAGAAGAUAAGAAGGUACGUAACGAAACAAAUUCUUUUGAACCUUUGAUCAUCACAGCUGCGAAGUACGACUCGGAAGACGCUGCAUUAUGGUUGCUUGAAUGUGGUGAAUCCAUAGAAGUCAGAUGCAAAGAUGGCAUGACACCACUUCACCACGCAACAAUCUGUGACAGUCGGAAUGUGGCUUUCCUCUUAAUACGUGAAGGUGCAGACGUUAAUUCUAAAGAUAACAAUCUUCUGUCUCCACUCCAUUACGCAGUCCUUAAAAAAAGUAUUGAUAUAGGUAUCCUUCUGUUAGCUUGGAAGGCAGAUCUGCAAGCUGAGACCAAAGAAUAUUUUAAUCCUCUCCACUUAGCAGCAAAGGGAGAUGAACUAGAUUUUCUAAAGAUAAUGCUAUCUCACGGAGGAAGCAUUCUAGCGCCAACCGCCAAUAACAAAUGUGACUAUCCCAUUCAUAUUGCAGCAAGUUACGGUAGUGAUAAUGUCUUGCAGUGGUUGAUUGAUAGUGGAAUAUCUGUAAACGUCACCAAGGCAGUAGGAUGUACGCCAUUACUAAACGUUGCCGGGCAGAGAAUCUUAUAAUGGCAAAAAUACUCCUGAAGAGAGGUGCUGAUGUUAAUAUCAGGGUAACUGGAGACGACAGCAGGACAUGCCUCCAUGCAGCAUGUCUUUGUGGAA